UCCGGACAUUAAAUGGAAUUGAAGUGUACCCGGGUUGGGAAGGAACCAACGUCAUUCGUAGAACUGUGGCUGCUGGAAGAUACGGCACUGCUUCGGAGCUUCAGCGCUUCAGCUAUGCACAAGCACUGGUGAAGUGAAUUGAGCAGAGUAUUAAAUUACGUAAAUUUAGUUACUAGAUCAACAUCUUCAUCAUGGACGUAGUGGAGUUAUGGGCGAUCUUUGGGCCUGGCGUCGCCGGGGCCGUCUUCGGCGCCGGCUGGUGGAUCUGGGUUGACGCCGUGGUCUGCAGCUCCGUCAAGGUUUCUUUCCUGCACUACCUUCCUGGAAUUUUUGCGUCUUUAGCGGCCCUGAUGUUCAAUUGCGUCAGGAAAGAAGACAUUGAUUACUCUCCCUAUGACGAAGGAGAGUGGAGGUUGAAGCUGUGGCUCUUCUUUGCAUAUGUUAUAUCUUUUGUUUCUUUAGCUGCAUCAGUCGGUCUACUCAUUCAAGACUCAAUUGAUAAAUCUGCCCCUUCAGUGUGGACGGGAGCUGCAGGUGUUUUGCAGUGUGUGCUUGUCUUAAUCAGACCAUUGCGUGGCUGUUAACCUGUUGCUUGAAUUGCCGGUUAACUCAAACUUUUGGAUGCAGUGGGCUAAUUUAUUGGACUUCUCAUCCCGAAUGAGGCGAACCGAGCUAUUAUUUAGAGCGUCAUCAUUGUAAAAGGAUAUUCACCGUGCCUUGUCCUUCUUUAAAGGGACGGGGGAUACCGGCUCUCGUGGAUCAGUAAAUGCAAAUUGUGCUUAUUCUUGACUCUUGACUGCAUCGGGGUGUGUUCAUCUUGCUUGUUAUACAAGGUUAACGAAAGAUUCGACCAGUUCCUCUCAGUCGGGUAUUGAAUAGUCGAGAUGUUACUUUAAAAAAAAAAAAAAUUGAACUCGUGGCACGCUCGAGUUUUAAAUUUUAUCCCCCUUUUCAAUCAAGUUGUAGGUAUUUAUUCUAUCAGAAGACAGCAAAGUUUGCUUUAGAAUUAAUUUAUAUUAGGUUAA